GAAUUAUCUAAAUCCUCAUUCUUUUCAAGUGCCCUGAUGAUGUUCACUAGCUUUUUUCCAAUAGUACCCUGAAGUGAUAGGCAGGUGAAGGCCGUGGUUCCCCAUAAAUCCUAGUAUACCUCCAAAAGGAUGUUGAGUCCCAUUGAACUUAACCUCUUUCCCUCGUGCCCAAAUUGCCUCUCAUGGUCUGCAGACGGGGAACUUGCCAUUGGGGCAGGCGAAUAUGUUCAUAUCUUAACACCUCGCAAUAUAAAAAUAGAAAAAGACAAUGACGAGAACAAUGUGCCCAAGAUUGAACCAACAGAGAAAACACCAGCAACUGAACAAUGGAAUAUCACACGUUUCCGAGUCAAUGUCUUCACAAACCAGGAGUGGCCGACUAUCUUCCCGCAAAACCGCAAUGACUUUUCCAUUGGGGUUGAACAGUCAAUGAGCACCGUCGCUGCGCUCGCAUGGUCACCUCCUGGACUUUCCAAGCAUAGAUGCUGCACGUUGGCUGUGUUGACAACUAACUUGCUUUUAUCUUUUUACGAACCCUUAGGUCCGCAGGGGAAGUGGGUGCGAGUGGCUAUUGUCAACCAUAGUUUGGACCGUUAUUUUUCGGGCAUCAUCCCAGAAUUUGCUCUUCGGUUCAAGAAAUCUAAUAUCCGUUCAUUCACAUGGUUUUCAGCUUUCAAGGUUCCUGAUGUCCAGCGGAGCGGUAGCAGUAUCCAUAAUCCGUAUUCUGUUCCGAGCCCUGCGACUCGUUGGGGUAUUCAUCUACUGGCUGUAGCCAAUGAUGACAAUGAUGUUCUCAUGCUGGAGACUAACCGCAUGCAAAGAGGGCUUGAUAUGUUGGGCUCCUAUUCGAUAGAGGUUUCAUCUGUCAUCUCGCUGUGUGAGCAGGAAGGGAGCUAUCCGAUGAUGCAGCCUACGUCCCUGUUCGCUGCAGCUGUUAAAUCUCGGUCAAAAGUCUCAUCUAUUUCUUGCGGGCCGUGGUCUCCUCAAUCUAAUACUGCUGAAGGUACAUAUUCCAGAACAGCGGCUGUAGCUACUACAUAUGGUACACAGCUGAAGGUAAUGAAAUUCCAUGUCAAAUUUACCACUGAGGAGCAAUCGUCACACAAGUUAGAGUACAGCUUGGUAGAAUAUCCUGUUGCCGCUUCUGUUCAAAAGUACCGCGAGUAUAAUUUCACAGGUCCAUUGCAAUGGCUUUACACAGAUGAUUCUCAAACUGUCUGCCUUGCUGCCGGUGUAUUUGGGGGCCUUGUUACUAUCUUUUUCUCAAAAGCUGCCUAUGAUGGAAGAUAUACGACGAGCAGUGAUUUCCAAGUCAGUGAGCAGUUCUUCGGUGAAACAGAACAGGGCGAACCGGGGCACUGGGAGCCAAUUUACGCUAUGACUACUGCUUUGAAUGAAAAGACAUGUACACGUACUCUCCAUGUCGGAACCAAGGGAGGAUAUGUAUCAACCCGCCUCUUUCCCAACUCUUCCGACAAACCUCACUCUCAUAUACCAUCCUGGGCAAAGAAGCUGGAAGAUAUCCGCGAAGGAUUCGAUCUAGAUCACGAUCUUGGCGGUCUUGCUAUUGCCAGGAUCUGGGGACUAGCAUCUUAUCACGGCCUAGUUGCUGCCGCGGCCACCAUGCAUCCAGGGGACAUGAUUGAAUACCGUACGGCCAUGAACGAACGCUGCAGUCUUAUUUUUUCUUCGGGAAAUCUGGACGAUGACGAACCCGGUCAUCCCACUUUUCCAAAGACCAUAGUAGACCGCUCUCCCAGCUUUCUGCGCCAGAAAAGAGAGGCAAUCUAUGGGCUCAUACUUACUGCUGCUCAACCUGAUGACCUUAGCAAAGAUAUCUGGUCACAAAGACUCAUAUAUUCGGCAUCCUGUUGUGCAGUUGUGGAUGGGGAAAAUAAAGAGCUCCUCCCCUUAGCCCAGCGAGCGCUGCAACAAUUAGCCGAUAUCACUGGAGCAGAUCUAAGAGAAGAGAUAUCCAAGUGUAUCGGGGAUACAGAGUCGAAUAACAUUCAGCCUAAAUCGACAGCGCAAUUAAGCGGACCAGGUGGCUAUAUUUUCGAAAAAUGCGAGAUCUGUGACACGGGGAUUUCAUGGUCCUCCGCUCAGGAAGCGCUGUGCGAAACGGGCCAUCUUUUCGUUCGAUGUGGAUUGACAUUCCUCUGCAUUCACGAACCCGGGAUAUCCAAAUUCUGCUCUGUUUGCAACACGGAGUAUCUAAAUGAAGACCUACUCAGGACAGCUGAAGAUGAGCGUGGGUCUGGCCUUGGGGGUAUAUUCGAAAUGGUUCUAGAGGCGUUCGAUACAUGUGUUUAUUGUGGUGGGAAAUAUCGGUCGUGA